AUGUCCGCCACCACCGUUCGCGCCCAGCUACUAGCCGCUUUCCAUCGCUCAAUCGGCAUUGAAUCGGCCAACUUGGAGCUAAAAUGGAUGCGAGAGGCUCUGGACCACCCUGGUACCACAGCUAGCGGUGUGACUCUCGAAGAUAUGCUUUCUCGCAGGGUUUGUGGCGAGCCGCUGCAGUACGUCCUCGGAACGCAGCCCUUUGGUCCCCUCACCCUGCUAACUCGUCCCCCCGUUCUCAUCCCUCGCCCGGAAACCGAAGAUUGGGCUAUCCGUCUGGCUUCUCUCCGCGCUCCGACGCGCCGGAAGCCGCUUUCGGUCCUCGACCUCUGCACAGGAUCAGGCUGCAUCCCUCUCCUGAUAUGCCAUCUUUGGCCCCCAGGUAGUGUGCACGCCUGCGGUAUAGACAUCUCUGAGGAUGCUAUCAAGCUCGCCCGCGAUAACGCAACCCAGUGUGACAUAUCUGUCCCUGAAGACGGUCCCGUGCCCCCAACAGACUACCGUCUGUGGCAGCGCAACACAUUUACAUCGCUAUUGGACGAUAUUCGUGAUCCUGCCUUCGUGUUGUCAACGCGCCUGCACCCACCGUUUGAUAUCAUCACGUCUAAUCCACCUUAUAUCUCUAAAAAGGAUUAUGAUGCACUACCUAGUUCAGUGCGGGAUUUCGAAGAUUCGCGCGCUCUUCUGGGCGACCCCGAUGUGCAUUCACAAGAACAGCGGGGGCUGUCAUUCUAUCACUCUAUUGCUGGCCUCUUGAGCGACCCACGAACAUUGCGCACCGAUGGGUUAGUGGCGCUCGAAGUUGGAGAAGGCCAGGCCGGUGAGGUCGCGCGCAUCCUGGAGGUGAAGGCUCGCAUGCGCAGCAUAGAUGUCUGGAAAGAUCCAUGGGGGAAGGAACGUGUCGUUGUGGCCACGAGGUGA